AUGAUUGUUGGUGUUAUGACAGACGGUUUUGAUUAUGUCCAUGAUAUAAUUUGAAUUUUUGUCCUGGAAUUACAAGAAAGUCGGUCCGUGGCUGAAAAAAGAAAAAAAAAACUUUUCAGAACCUUUAAAUACCGAGUUAUAUGGUUGGCCUUGUGAACUUCAAUACCCACAAUGCAUUGCGAAUUUAUUGACGAGUGGAACUGGUGUUAAAAAAAAAAAAAAGAGAGAGAUUCGACCAGCUGCGACAGUCAACUAUCUCAGUUGUUUACUCCAUUUUCUUGUAAGUCGUUGUGGAGAGUUAUUUUUUUCCUCUCAGGAGAACUUUGGAACAAGGAAAGAAAAAAAAAGACAAGAGUAGCUUGUUUGGAAACCUCCAUCGUGAACGGUCGGAUAGUUUAGCUUUGUUGCUAGGAAAACAAGUGUGGUAUUUCUACAGGAAACGAUUUAUAAUGUUAGACGGUUAAAUAAAAAGUGUGUAAAUAUAUUAUUUUUUAGUUUAUUUUGCUGUAAGGAGGGUGGUUUUUGAACGGGAAUUAAACUUGUCGCAUGUCAAGCUGAGCGUGAGGUAACUCCGACUAAACAAUAGGCGUUUUUGUGGAGCUGGCAAGAGCUCGCGAGCUUUCACACAAAGCUUAGCUUAGCUUAGCCUAGCCUAGCUUAGCUUAGCUUGAGUUAGCCUGAGAGAAAACACACACACACUACCCAGGCGUUGUCGCAAACCCGUUUAUUUCGUGACCUUUUUCCUCAGAAAUGGCUCAGAACAGCAGUUCUCACGUAGCAAGUUCACAGAAAGCGUUAAUGCUCGAAAUGAAAAGCCUUCAAGAGGAGCCAGUCGAGGGCUUUAAAAUCACCCUGGUGGAUGAAGCAGACCUCUAUAACUGGGAAGUAGCCAUUUUUGGACCCCCAAAUACACUCUAUGAAGGGGGUUACUUUAAGGCACGUAUCAAGUUCCCUAUCGACUACCCUUACUCUCCUCCAGCCUUCAGAUUCCUGACGAAAAUGUGGCACCCGAACAUUUACGAGAACGGCGACGUGUGCAUCUCUAUCCUCCACCCUCCAGUAGACGACCCACAGAGCGGAGAGCUGCCCUCGGAGAGGUGGAACCCAACACAGAACGUCAGAACCAUCCUGCUGAGCGUCAUAUCCUUGCUGAACGAGCCCAACACUUUCUCUCCUGCGAACGUGGAUGCCUCUGUGAUGUACCGCAAGUGGAGAGACAGCAAAGGAAAGGACAGAGAGUACGCAGAGAUCAUUCGGAAGCAGGUUCUGGCCACUAAAGCAGAAGCAGAGCGAGACGGUGUUAAAGUUCCCACUACUCUGGCUGAGUACUGUGUGCGCACACGCGCUCCCCCUACAGAUGAAGGCUCUGACUUGUUUUACGAUGAUUACUAUGACGACGAGGACUUGGAGGACAAUAACGAUGAGGACUGUUGCUACGACGAAGACGACUCAGGAAACGAGGAAUCGUGACCCCACCAUCACAAUCAUUAUCCUUUUCAUCACCAUCAUCUUUACCCUGAACCGUUGAAAAGCUGUCGCAUGCACCUUGUAUUUACUUUUCCUUUUGAAAAUGCUAUAAAAGAUGUUUUUAGGUUCGUUUUUUUUUUUUCCUUCCCCCUAGUUGGAAAAUGAAAGCAUUGUUUGUUUGUUUUCUCUCUGGUCUCUUUUUUGGAUUGUUUUCCUUUUUGUUCCCUCUUCAUUUCUUUGACUUUUUUUUUUUUUAAACACUUCUCAUUUUCUUGCGCUAUAAAAAUCCAAACAUUUCCACGUUGUCAAACAGCUAAAUAAUAGGACUAUGAAUGGGUGAAAUGGAGGGUUUUUUUUUUUCCUGCUGUACUGUGCAUGUUGGCAUUGUGGUGUUGUUUUUUUUUUUUUUGACACAGUGCUGCUCCCUUCAUCCACCAAUUUUAUUAUUUUUUAUUUUUUUCCUUUCUGAAAAUUCCUCUAAUUACGGAUCAUCUCCGAGUCCAACCAGUUCAGCAAUAAAAUACAUUUUGCAUACUUCUCUGCUCCAGAGACGAGACGUAGGAACUGAAUACAUCAGAAUUGUCUUUUAUCCUGACAUUUUGUGUUUACACCAGUGUUUUUCCUGCUCUAACACAUUUCAUUUUAUGUGCAGAUGUGCUUGAGCAGGGGGAAAACCCACCGAACUGUGGAUAGAUGACCUCCGUCUGGUUUGAAUGCUUGUCGAAAGAUUCAUCGAUGUUAAGGGAAUGAUUUAAUCUUUUGGUUUGAGGGAGAGGCCUAAACCCCGACUACCACUAUGUGAGAUUCCGUGCAUUAUUUUAAGAUGGUAGUGUUUUAACCUCGGAUUGUAAUCACACGUUUCUUUGUCCUGUGAUAGUGUGCAUCCAAUCAUCAAGGGUGUGAACGUGAUGUUCAAAUGGUAGGAGGGUCUCUCUCCCUUUUUGUUUUUUUGUUUUCGUGACGCCAAUAUUGUAUCACUCCCUCACGAAUUACAUUUAAUGUACAACUAGGUUUUUAUUAAUAGAGAAUGUAUUUUUUUCAUGACGGCAACAUAAAUUCCUUCAUUUGGGGCGACUGGGGUGAUUUUUUUUUUUUUUUUCUUCUCUCCUGGACUUAUGAAUGAUAAUGUGUUUUGGGUUUUUUUUUUUUUUUUUUGGAUUUCUCAUUCAGUAAAAUGAUAGCCCUGUCAGCAUUAAUUUAAUUUCACGCCUUUUGAGCAUUUCUGGACUGGAGAGGGCUUUUAACAUCAGCAUUGACCAGUUGAAUUAAUUCAAUGUGAGCUCGUUUUGAUUGACUCUCUCUCAGGAUAAAGCAAACGGAAAAAAAAAUAAAAAAUCCCACAGCACCACCGACGUUCUUGCGAACAGCAGUUUAACCAGUCUAUCAAUUCAAUUCUGUUUUUUGAAGGCGGUUUACAAUCUUAAACCUUAAUGCUGAUGUGCACACGUGAGUAUGUGGCUGAUCAUUUUACUGACCUGUAUGUAUUUUUAUGGUUUGUUGGCCUAUUUAAAACUGAAAAAUAAAAAUCUUUAUUAGAAUAA